AUGUCGCAGAGGAGAGGUGCAGGGCCCAUGGGAGUGAUGAGCAAGCAGCAGCAGCAGCAGCUGGAGGCAGAUGAGAUGAUGGAGCUGAGGAGAGGGCCCUGGACCCUGGAGGAAGACAACCUGCUCAUGAACUACAUUGCUUGCCAUGGCGAAGGCCGCUGGAAUCUCCUCGCCCGCUGCUCCGGGUUGAAGAGGACGGGGAAGAGCUGCAGGCUAAGAUGGCUCAACUACCUGAAGCCGGACAUAAAGCGCGGGAAUCUGACGCCGGAGGAGCAGCUGCUCAUUCUCGAGCUCCAUUCCAAGUGGGGAAACAGGUGGUCGAGGAUAGCGCAGCACCUGCCGGGGAGGACGGACAACGAGAUCAAGAACUACUGGAGGACGAGGGUGCAGAAGCAGGCGCGGCAACUCAAGGUGGACGCCAACAGCACCGUCUUCCGCGACGCCGUCCGCUGCUACUGGAUGCCUCGCCUCCUCGAGAAGAUGGCCUCCACCACCGUGCACCAAGCAGCUGCUUCUGCUGCCGACCCGCCGCCGCCGCCGCCGCUCCACCACCACCUCGCCGCCAUGGCGGCCUCCUCCUCCUCGCCGUUCGACACCCACCUGCAGCACGCAGACACGUGCGGCGGCGGCGGCGGCGUCCCGCCCAACGUGUACCACCACCACGUACAGGUACACCCCAUCGACCCGAGCCCGAGCACGUCGACGUCGGCCGGCUCGACGGCCGCGCUCCCGCCGGUGCCCUGCUUCUCCGAACUGAGAUGGGACCAGCUACAGUCCUCCGGCGAGUUGGACGGCGCCGCUGGCGUGUUCGACUCGGCGCUGGGAAGCCUCGGCCUCGACGGGCUGGACCUGGGUAGUCCGGCCGAGUACUACUCCGACUCGACGCUCCUCGACUACCUCAACUCCAGCUGCACCGGCAGCGCCAUGAUGACGAUGAUGACGGCCUCAGGCCAUGGCGGCGGCUACAACUACUGCGGUGGCGCCAUGGACGGCGACCACCACGGCGGGUCGACGUGGAGGGCCGACGAACUGUGCCAGGCGGCCAGAAAGCUCGGCGAGUGGGGAGGAGGAAUCUAGUAGCUAAGGUAGCUACGUAAUCCAUGCUUAGCUGUAGCUAAAGAAAGGCUAAGUGGAUGGAUGGAUCAUGGAUAGAUGGUAGUACGUUGCUUCUUGUGAUGUCUCUCCAUUAAAGCAAGCGAGAUAGAUAGAUAGAUAGAUGAUGAUCAUGAUCAUGCCGUCACAUUAGUUAAUGGAGCUAGCUGAUCCAUCAUAUCGAUCGAUCAACAUACUAGUGAUCUAUAUCGAUUGAUCAAAACCAACUAAAAGUAUAUGAGCGGUGAUCGAUGAUCCGAUCGAGCAUAUAUUAUUAUUGAUGCUGUUUAAAACUUAUUAGCUAGAGCUAGCUUCUUGUAGUAGUAGUAGUAGUUGUUGUUGUUGAUCGAUGGUGCAUGUAACUAUUGUUACUUUUGUUAAUGUAAU